AUGCGCUCGUUCAUUAUCUCGUUGGCACUGUGCGUAGCCAGCACUCUCGCCGUACAAAUCGAUACAGAAGGCCUUCCCGACACUGGCCUCGACACCUCGAGUUGGACGACUGGAACUCUGCCACCAAUUGAAGAUCUGGUUGAUGCGAACGACUUUCAAAUCGCCGCCAAGAAUGUCUUGUCUGACAAGAAUUAUGCCUACUACCGCACAGCUGCAUUGGACGAAAUCACAUACGAUGCCAACAUGCGUGACUGGGAGAAGAUCAGAUUGAACGGUUUCAGCUUCACCGAUGUGUCCAAUGCCAACACCAAGACAAGUAUCCUCGGGUAUGAGUUUGACGCACCAUUCUUCAUCGCCCCUGCCGCAAAGGCUGGGUACGCGAGCAAUGGUGCCGAGACGAAUCUUGCAAAGGCUGCAGGUGCUGCCAACCUUCUAUACGUGCCAUCUAUUUCAUCGUCGCAGUCGAUUGAACAGAUUGGCGCAGCAGCAGUCAAAGGACAAGUCAUGUUCCAUCAAGAGUACAUUUGGUCAGACACUGCGAAGCUUCAGGAUGAGUUGAAGCGAAUGGAGAAGGCGGGAUUCAAGGCCAUCUUCUUGACUGUCGACAAUACGGUACGUGAAUGUGAUCUAUGCUCCAUGCAAAUAUCUGACUGGAUCUCAGNNGGUGUCAACGGAAUCAGAGAUCGUUACCUACGUUUCUCUGCAGGAGGUGAUGCUGGUCACAGCUCUACAUUCACCAUCGAAUCGCUGAACAAGCUGCGAAACAUGACGACCCUUCCAAUCGUACCCAAGGGCGUAAAAACUGCUCACGACGUCAAACUUUGCGCUGAUCUCGGUUUUCCUGCCGUCUACAUCUCGAAUCAUGGAGGUCGUGUCGUCGACUUGGCACCAACCGCUGUUGAAGUGCUUCUUGACGUUCGUCGCUUGUAUCCCGAAGUCUUUGACCAGAUUGAGAUCUAUGCUGAUGGUGGUGUACGUCGCGCGAGCCAUAUCAUCACGUUAUUGGCUCUUGGUGUGCGUGCGGUCGGUCUUGGUCGUGCGCCUAUGUAUGCCAAUGUCUACGGCCAGCAAGGAGUAUCGAAGCUCUUGGAUAUCAUGAAGAAAGAGCUGACGACAGAGUUGUCUUUGAUUGGAGAAGCCGACUCAAACAACGUGCGAGGAAACAGAACUUUUGUCAAUACGCGACGAGUCGAGUUGGAGUUCUUUGGUGCGCCUCUGCCUUGA